AAAUUUAUAGAAACUGGAGAAUAUAUAAAUAACAGAAUACUUAUCAUUUUAACCAUUUGUAAGUGUACAAUUCAGUAGCAUUAAACCCAUUCACAGUGCUGUGUAAGCAUUGCCACGGCACCCAAAACUGUUCCUCUUCCCCAACAGAAACUCUGUCCCCAUUAAACACUAACUCCCCAUUCCCUCCUCCAACCCUGGCUCCCACCGUCUACUUUUUGUCUCUAUUAAUUUGCCUACUCUAGGGACCUCAUGUAAGUGGAAUCAUAUAAUCCUUGUUGUGGCUUAUCCUUCUGUGUCUUAUUUCACUGAGCAUAGUGUUUUCCAAAUUCAUCCAUGUUGUAGCAUAAAUCAAAAUUUCCCUCCUUUUUCUGGCUGUGUAAUAUUCCAUUGUAGGUACGGAAUACAUUUUGUUAUCAGUUAAUGGUUACCUUUAUGUUAUGUGAAUUUUGCCUCAAUAAAAAAAAGAUUUCAGGGGUAGAUCAAGCUUCAGGUACACUUGUCUUUAUCAGAAGAGGGUGUGAGAGGGAGGCUGUGCCUUCUUUUCUCCCUUCCAUGCCAGUUCCCAAGUCAGACUGCCUAGGGUUCAGCUUCUCCCCUGUCCUGUUAUGUUCCCUCCACCCCCAUUUCUGUCUCUCCUCACAGUUCCUGUGCCUUAAGAACAUACGUACCUUCUUGUCUACCUGCUGUGAGAAGUUUGGCCUCAAGCGGAGUGAACUCUUUGAGGCCUUUGACCUCUUUGAUGUCCAGGAUUUUGGGAAGGUCAUCUACACCCUGUCUGCUCUGUCCUGGACCCCGAUUGCCCAGAAUAAGGGGAUCAUGCCCUUCCCCACUGAGGAGGAGACCGUGGGUGAUGAAGACAUCUACAGUGGCCUGUCUGACCAGAUCGAGUGAGUGUCUGGGACCACCACCCUGUCC